GAAGAACGUGGGAGGGGGAGGGGCGAGCGGCUGACUUGACUGCAGUCUCUGCUAUCCACUGCUUUUCACUGCAGACUGUAGUAGUUGCCUCACAGAUGAAAUCGUCAGGCUGAUGUGGGGACUUCCUGGUCGAAUAGUGUUUUUCACAGUAAUCUGAAAGCGAAAUUUGUCAGACUUCUGUCUGCUAAGCUGAUAAGUUAAUGAAUGCAGUAACAGAGUUUCAACGUUAUUUCUGUUUUGUUAUUUCACAGGAUUAAUUGACGUUACUCGCCAUCAUUAGCCAGUAAGCUAACGUCGAUUUCAGAGCUCUGCUGUGAUCCAGCUAUGUCCUCUUCGUCUGGGUGCUCCCCGACAGGCCAGAGCUCGGGCCUUGGCUCUGGUAUCUCUAUGUUUCGCUGGCUAGAAGUGCUGGAGAAAGAGUUUGAUAAGGCCUUCGUGGACGUAGAUCUGCUGCUCGGUGAAAUCGACCCAGAUCAAGUCGAUAUUACGUAUGAGGGUCGGCAGAAGAUGACCAGUUUAAGCUCUUGUUUUGCUCAGCUCUGUCACAAAACCCAAACGGUUUUUCAACUCAACCACAAACUAGAGGCUCAGCUGGUGGACCUGCGCUCUGAGUUGACUGAGGCUAAGGCUGAACGGACUGUGGUAGAAAGGGAGGUCCAUGACCAGCUCCUGCAGCUUCAUGCCCUCCAACUGCAGCUUCAUGCCAAGCAAGGCCAGGCUGAGGAUUCUGACUCCAUCAAAAACAGACUGGAGCAGGAGCUGGAGGCCAGGAAGAAGGAGAAAUUAGCAGAGGCCAGGCUGGAGGCGGAAGUGAGGAUAUAUAAGAAAGAAAAUGAGGCCCUCCGGAGGCACAUGGCAGUACUGCAGGCUGAGGUGUAUGGAGCCAGACUGGCUGCCAAAUACUUAGACAAGGAACUGGCUGGCAGGGUGCAACAAAUCCAGUUAUUGGGCCGGGACAUGAAAGGACCAGCACAUGACAAGUUGUGGAACCAACUGGAGGCAGAAAUUCACCUACACCGUCAUAAGACUGUCAUUAGAGCAUGUAGAGGUCGCAAUGAUUCCAAGAAACCUCUUCCUUCCCCUGUUGGCCACAACCCAGACAUGCUGAAGAAAACCCAGGGAGUUGGCCCUAUCAGAAAGGUGGUUCUUGUCAAAGAUGAUCAUGAGGGGCUUGGAAUCUCCAUUACAGGUGGGAAGGAGCAUGGUGUUCCCAUUUUGAUUUCUGAGAUCCAUCCAAGUCAACCUGCAGACAGAUGUGGAGGGCUGCAUGUCGGAGACGCCAUCCUUGCUGUCAACAGUAUCAAUUUGCGAGAUGCAAAACACAAGGAGGCUGUGACCAUUUUAUCUCAGCAGCGGGGACAGAUCGAGUUUGAGGUAGUGUAUGUGGCUCCAGAGGUGGACAGCGAUGAUGAGAAUGUGGAGUACGAAGAUGAUAAUGGCCAUCACUACCGCCUCUACCUUGAUGAACUGGAAGACAGCAGCACAGCGCCACCCAGUAACAGCUCAGCAUCACUGCAGGCUCUGGAGAAGAUGUCACUGAGCAAUGGGCCAGAGAAUGGAGGGGAUACUGGGAUCUCCAGUGAGACACCUUCACAUGAAACCCUUUCAAAUCCUCGUGAGACUGACUGCUCCUCCUAAAGGCUGAGCCAAGCCACUAGAUUUAGGAGAGAUAACAAAUGUGUUGGUGACAAAAUCCCUGUCAUAGAACUGAAUGCAAGAAGGCUAUGUAAAGCUGAGAGGCAUGGGUGUACUGGGUGGUGGGAUUAAGGCACUUAGUCUGGGCAUUUGACAGUGAUUUGGGCUAAAAAUACAUGUUUGAAGGCGCCUGAUGUGUAAGAUAUGUAUAGGACGGAGUGACUCUGAACAAACUUUUUUUGUAUAUUUUAUUAAAAUACCGUUGUAUGUGGGAAUGAAGUAGAUGUCACCAGGCUGUUAUGAAGACACAGUGACACCAGGGAAGGAGAGGUUACUCAUCAUUGAAUAUUUCUUUCAGGGGCUUCUGUUUGUAUAGUUAUUAAUCUGGUUUUUCACUAUGACAAAAUAUACAUCUUGUGUUACAGUGACCCUUGGUCAGGACAGAAAAAUAUCUCAAAAUGAAUGAAUGAAAAAAUAUUUUAAUGAUUGUUUUACAGAAGAAAUAAAUUAAUUAACAACCUCCUGAGAUAUAAAUGAUCACUGUGGUGAGCAAAACCAAGACCAUUCAUAUUGUUUCACAUAACAUGACUUUUUGAUAUCAAUUGAAAAACCCUGUAAAAUCUUGCUUGCUGCUGCCAGUGCACUUUUAAAACCUAAGCAGGGCUGAUAAGUGUAUAUAGUCAGUUGAAUUAUGUAUCCAUGAUCUAAAUAUUUUAACAGCUGCAUGAACAUACUAAACAUUGAAAGGACAUUUCUUUGCAGAUGUCCAUGAUGAACACUUUCAAAGUACUUAAAGAGUUGCUUCUUGCGCUAAACAUGCUAACUCUCUACCCCUAAGAGGUAGUACUUUUUUAGUAUACUGUUACCGUUAUUCAUAGUAGAACUGUGUAGCAGAGGGCUUUCAGGUGAAGUAAUUUAGCCUGAGGUGAUUGCACCUGUAGCUGUGAAACAGAUUGCAGAAUCUGCAUCCCACCCAAGCAAUUUCUUUCUUUGAAGUCAACAUUUUAAGGCCAUUUCAAUGUUUGUUGAGUACCGCUCCAAAGGCACCUCCUUAUCCUGUCCGAAACAGCGGCCUUCUUUAAUUUCUCAGAGCACAAGGGAUGUUCCUGAUGUAAAGCGCUCUGAGUAGUCUGUAGAGUAGAACAGUACUAUAUAAAUAGUCAAUUUACCAUUUACUUCCUCGUCCUAGUAGUAUUUCUAAAUUACUGUUAUUAAUGGUAUGGGCAACUGGUCCGUGUCAAGUCAUAAAGCAUUUCACAAUCAGCAUUCAGCAUAACAGUCAAACAAUGACUAUGCCAUAUGUCUUUUUUAGGCAGAAUGGAUAAGUUUUAAGUAAGAACAGAGGGAGCGGGUUCUCUUACACGGAGAUCACUAUGUUUUACUGCCAUGUUUCUACUGUAGCUUAGACCAGACAAAACAAAACUUGCUCUAGUUAAAGCUUGCCAUGUUGUUAGCAGCCACUGUAGAGGAGGAUGACAUGAGGGGUGUUCAGUUCGUUGCAAUCUGCAACCUGACCACUACGUCCCACUAAAUUCUAGCCACUGGACUUCUUAAGUGUGAAUACUUAAAAAAAAUCCUGCCGUACAUUUUUAACCUUGUUUCAUUGCUAAAAUAUUUUGGCUUGGCACUGUAUGUUGAAUGUACAGGGGUGGGCACAAUAACAUUGGUAUGAUAUCAUAUAAUUGAAAACAUAAUGUGGGGUCUUUCUUAGCUGUGUAUUGCCGUAUACUGUAUUUUGUUCUUUUUUAUUGUCUAACAUUAGAUUAUAGUGUACACGUUCAGUCAUGUUCAUGUUCAUGUCCCAGUAUAAUACAACAAACGACACCAAACUGGGCAGAGAUUUGAAUCAACUUGUCUAUUAGACAGGCCCACACCAAUGCAAAGAUAAUCAGUUAAUACAUUAUUGUGCCUAGCUCUUGUAUCUGUUUUCACCACUGAAAGAAGCAGCUAGGGUUCUGACCCAAAGGAACAAGAGUACAGAGAAUCCUUAAUAUGCCAUGAUGUCAUGACCUUACAGCAUUCAUGUGUCACUUUACUUGCCUUUUUUUAUUCUGUUUCCUUUGUGUCUCUAAACUCCCAAGAUGAUGUGCAUCUUUAUUGGUAAUGUAUUCGAGUUAAGCAGUUUGUUUAUCAUUCAAAUAAAGUUUGGUUCUAAUUUGUUUAAUUUGCA